UCAACUAAGUUCACACGGUUGUCAGCGGUGUUAAGGCUCAUGAAUUUAAAGGCGAGCAAUGGAUGGAGUGAUAAGAGUUUUACAUAAUUGUUGUCGUUGUUGAAUGAAAUGAUGCCAGAUGGAAAUACGUUACCCAAUCGUAAUUAUGAUGCAAAAAAAAUUCUUUGUCCGAUGGGUAUGGAAUAUAAACGGAUACAUGCAUGUCCGAAUGAUUGCAUAUUAUAUAGGAAGGAGAAUGAAGUUUUGAUAAAGUGUCCAAAAUGUGGGUUAUCACGAUACAAGUCAAAAAACAGCGGUGAAGAUGGUGGUCACACAGAAAAGAAUGGUUCUGCAGUGAAAGUAGUUUGGUACCUUCCACUAGUUGCCAGACUUAAGCGUUUGUUCGCGAAUCCCAAAGACGCUAAAAACUUAAGAUGGCAUGCAGAUGAGAGAACAACUGAUGGACUGCUUCGUCAUCCAGCUGAUUCAACGCAAUGGAAAAUUAUUGAUCAAGAAUUCCCCCAAUUUGGUGAAGAAUGUAGAAAUCUUAGGUUUGGCUUAGCUACUGAUGGAAUGAAUCCAUUUGGUAAUUUAAGUACCAAUCACAGUUGUUGGCCCGUUAUACUGAUAAUUUACAACUUAUCUCCUGGAUUGUGCAUGAAAAGAAAGUACAUGAUGUUGUCAAUGCUGAUAUCUGAUCCAAAGCAGCCUGGAAAUGACAUCGAUGUUUAUAUGAGGCCACUAGUUGAAGACUUGAAGUUGUUGUGGGUUGAUGGGGUUGAAAUAUUUGAUGCCUUUGCUUCAGAAACUUUCAACGAUGUAUAUGGGUUCAUUGACCCCUCUAUGACUCAUGAAAGAAAUAAAUUUGAUGAUAUCCAAACAUACAUCACCACCUGCUUUGGAAUGGGGAAGGAGAUAUAUUUUCUCUCUUAUAUACAUGGGUGUCAUUGGCAGCUACUUGUGAUCUCCAUACCGGAGAACACUGCUGUCUGGUUUUGUUCAUUGCAGAAGUCUCCUCCCAGCCCUCUUAGACAUGUAGUAGAUUGUUCCCUUGCAACACAUAUGAUGUUAUCUGGGAGAUCUAUUGCUACAGCUAAAAAGCUUGCAUGGGUUGCCCUUAAGUGCAAUAUACAAACGGGGUCAUAUGAAUGUAGUUACUACGUCAUGUUUUGGAUAAUGACCAUUAUUCGUGCACAUUACACCAGUGGAUGGGAAACGAGAUUCAAUAGGACUGCUCCAAUUCCAGAGAAGUCACUUCAACUAGUGAGGAAAGCACUGGCUAAAUAUGUAAUUCAUUUAUAUAAUAGUAUAUAG